AUGGGUAAAAAGCGCCGAAAUAACAAUAAAGCAGACCGUGAUGAUUAUGCGUUUGCGCCUAUGCGUCAACAAUCGUCACAACAGUCAAGCAGAUUUGAUGUGAAUCUCGAGGAUGACGAGGAAUCAUUUGCGAGUAAUUCAUGUGAUGAAGAUCUUCAAAGUGUUGUUUCCGAUUUUGGUUAUGAUGGUACUGGUAAUGUGAUGAAUCGAAUGGAUGAAUACAUUGACCAUACCCUUGAUAAACGAGAUUCAGUGCGAAUUUUGGGUUUGAACUGUCUUAUUGGACUGUUAAGGAAAGAAUAUAUUGGCAUGGACUUGUUAAAAUGGAAAAGUACGAUCAUAGAUGUUAUAGAUAAAUUUUUGAAAAAAGGCGGUGAUGAGGGUGUGAGGGCUGCUAAUUUAGCUGCGCUUUUUUCUCUACAGCUAGGUAAUGAAUUAAAAGACGAAAUAGAAGAAUUAUUAUCUUUUAUGAGGAAAAUAUGUGCUGAUAGCUCUCAAUAUGGACUUUUACGGUUGCAGUGUAUAAUUUCUUUAACAAUUUGUACAAUAUUCAGUACGGCUGAAUUGCAAUCUAUUAAUGAAUCUUUAACAAUUUUGCGCAAUUUAUGGAUUAAUACGAAAACAAAUGCGCCACUCAUUGCUUUAUUUUGUACAGCUAUAGAAAAUUGGAUACUUCUAGUUGCUUUUAAUUGGCAUAUAUCUCUUCAAUCUGCGUUACUGGAUCAGCCAAAACUAAGUAGCUUUAUAGAUGGUUCCCAGGCAAGAAUGCGAAUUAGUGCUGGUGAAGUUCUAGCAGUUCUGCAUGAAAUGGCAGUUUCCCAUUUUGGUACCGAAUAUCGCUUCGCUAAUCAGCAAAAUUUACUUGAGAAAUUCGCUACUCUUUCAACAAGUUCAGCAAAGUAUAUUGGUAAAAAAGAUCGUCGCACUCAAAAAUUUUCUUUCAGACAAUUAUAUAAUUAUAUAGAAGAACAAGAAGCUCCAUCGUUUACUAUUAAAUUUGGAAAAGAGGCGUUGAAUCUAGAUUCUUGUAAAAAAAAAUUACUCUACGAUAUUUGUUGUGGUAUUCUAUGUGAAGGAAUGAAUGCACAUUUGAAAUCAAAUCCUUUUCUCAGAGAAAGUUUCGAUUUAGAAGCGAUUCAGAUUAACGUUUCUCUGCGAUUAACAAAAACGGAAAGGAUGGCAGCUUAUAAAACAUCGAAUAAAUUGAGAUCAAUGCAACGACAAAAGAAGAGAGAUAAACGUAUUAGUAUAAAUGAUACGGGUUAA